CAACAGCAAAGUCAGGACCAAGAUCCGGCCCUGGCAGUGGUUUCGUUCUACCGGGGGAGACAAGCAAAAGAACCAGAAACAUGGAGAUGAACUAGUGCACUAGAAGGAUGAAGAUGAGACGCUACAAGCUCUUUCUCAUGUUCUGUAUGGCCGGCCUGUGCCUCAUCUCCUUCCUGCACUUCUUUAAGACCCUGUCCUAUGUUACCUUCCCCCGAGAACUGGCCUCUCUCAGCCCUAACCUCGUGUCCAGCUUCUUCUGGAACAAUGCCCCUGUCACGCCCCAGGCCAGCCCAGAGCCGGGGAGCCCCGACCUGCUGCGUACCCCACUCUAUUCCCACUCACCCCUGCUCCAGCCACUGUCACCAAGCAAGGCCAUGGAGGAUCUCCACCGCAUGGACUUCGUGCUUCCAGAGGACACCACCGAAUAUUUCGUCCGCACCAAAGCCGGGGGUGUCUGCUUCAAACCAGGCACCAAGAUGCUGGAGAAGCCCCCAUCAGGGCGGCCAGAGGAGAAGGCAGAGGGGGGCGAAGGUUCAUCUGCCCGCGGCCCAGUCCGGCAUCUGCUGAGUGCCCGGGAGCGCACAGGGGCCCGAGGCGUGCGGCGCAAGUGGGUGGAGUGCGUGUGCCUCCCGGGCUGGCACGGGCCCAGCUGCGGCGUGCCCACCGUGGUGCAGUACUCCAACCUGCCCACCAAGGAGCGCCUGGUGCCCAGGGAGGUGCCGCGGCGGGUCAUCAACGCCAUCAACAUCAACCACGAGUUCGACCUGCUGGACGUGCGCUUCCACGAGCUGGGCGACGUGGUGGACGCCUUCGUGGUGUGCGAGUCCAACUUCACGGCCUACGGGGAGCCGCGGCCGCUCAAGUUCCGCGAGAUGCUGACCAACGGCACGUUCGAGUACAUCCGGCACAAGGUGCUCUACGUGUUCCUGGACCACUUCCCGCCGGGCGGGCGGCAGGACGGCUGGAUCGCCGACGACUACCUGCGCACCUUCCUGACGCAGGACGGCGUGGCGCGCCUGCGCAACCUGCGGCCCGACGACGUCUUCAUCAUCGACGACGCCGACGAGAUCCCCGCGCGCGACGGCGUGCUCUUCCUCAAGCUCUACGACGGCUGGACCGAGCCCUUCGCCUUCCACAUGCGCAAGUCGCUCUACGGCUUCUUCUGGAAGCAGCCGGGCACGCUGGAGGUGGUGUCGGGCUGCACGGUGGACAUGCUGCAGUCGGUGUACGGGCUGGACGGCAUCCGCCUGCGCCGCCGCCAGUACUACACCAUGCCCAACUUCCGGCACUACGAGAACCGCACCGGCCACAUCCUGGUGCAGUGGUCGCUGGGCAGCCCCCUGCACUUCGCCGGCUGGCACUGCUCCUGGUGCUUCACGCCCGAGGGCAUCUACUUCAAGCUCGUGUCGGCCCAGAACGGUGACUUCCCCCGCUGGGGCGACUACGAGGACAAGCGGGACCUCAAUUACAUUCGGAGCCUGAUCCGUACCGGGGGCUGGUUCGAUGGCACGCAGCAGGAGUACCCCCCGGCGGAUCCCAGCGAACACAUGUAUGCCCCUAAGUACCUGCUCCAGAACUACAACCAGUUCCGCUACCUGCUGGACAACCCCUACCAGCAGCCCAAGAGCACGGCGGAAGGUGGGCCGCGGAACAGGGGUUCCGAGGGAAGACCCCCCGCCAGGGCCAACUUGGAAGUGGUGGAAAGCUAAGGCUGCAUGAUUUUUAGGGCCAGUGGCAGGGCAGAGGGUGGCGAUGGCCCUCUGUUGUCUUUCUGCCUCCUCCUGAUCUCUGGGGGGGUCUUGAGAGGACCAGUAGUGGAUAGUGGCAGAAUCUUCCCUAUUCGAGCCCUUGUGAAUCAGGGGUCAGGCCUUUGAGCUCAAAAAACGUAAUUCCUCAUUGGGAGAGAGGAGCCUGACCUGCCCUCCAAGAGUGCUGUGCCCAGGAGGUGCCAGCAGAGAGUGCAUGAUGGCAAUUGGCUAGCAGGGGAGGGUGGGGAAGGGGGCUGGAGGAGCUCCCACCGUGGCCAUGUGGGAGUUGCAGCCCUGCUAGGGAGAAGCACGCCAUUUGGCUUCCUGGGGCUUUGGACCUGGAGUGGGAAGGGGCCGAGCCAGGAGGUCUCCAGCUCUGUAAAUAGUUGCAUUUGGGUCCAGGAGGAAGAGGAGACACCAUGAAAGGAGGGGAUAAAAAACAGCAUCCAGCUGAAAGGAAGCACAGUGUCCUCAGAAGUGCUGGGCCAGAAGGAGCCAAGAACUCACCCACCUGUACCCCAGACGCUCCUGAGCUGAUGUAGAUGAGGGCUUGGGGAAGCCUGGGGAGUCUUCCUUUUAGUUCCGAACCUGGCUUUGAUGUUCCUUCUUACUUUUUAUAUUUCUGUCUUGUGGGCUACCCAUUUGGUCCUUGUAAAGCCAGGAGUCCAAUUCUCAGGGUGGGAUGGGACAUCAGCCAGCCUACUAGGUCAGACAGGGGUGCCUCAUCACCCCUUCCUGCUGGAAUCCACAGCCCCAGCUCUCCACUAGCUCAGAUGGAGUUACCCUUGUAUCCCUUCUUGGUGUUGGCUAGGGACCCAUGAGGGACAUUAAGGCCAGUUGUAUGUCAUCUCAUUCCUCUUAGUUUGCCUUGUGAGGGAAGGAGAUGUAUUCAUUAAAGUAGAUUCUAAGCUGCUGUAAUUAAGAGACCCUGAAAUGCAGUUGUUUAAGCAAGACAGAAGCUUGUUUCUACUUUAACUGGCUAGAGGGAGAUGGUCUGGAUUGCACAGGGCAGCUCUGCUUUCCUCAUACACACCUUUCUGUUCUGGAUAGAGUGGUGGCUCCAGUUCCCACCGUCAUAUGUGCACCCAAGCCCGGGGGAAGCAGAGAAAGGCAGGGGAAAUGCACACUGUUAAUGGCAUGAGCCAGAGAUGGCAAAGUCACUUCUGAUCGCAUCUUGCUGGUCAGAACUUAGUCACAUGGUCACAAGUAGCUGCAAGGGAAGCUGGGCUCCACGUGCCCCGCCUCAGCUUAGUUUUCUUAUUGAAGGAAGGCAGAGAGAGUGGAUACAGGGGACAAGGAGCAUCUCUGGCACAGGGGGAGGGGGAAAGAGGGUAGAAAUGACUGUUGCAGUCAUAAGAUCCUCCUCUCAUAUUUGGAGCUCCUAGAACAACCUGCUCCUGUUCCCCUCACUUCCAGUCCAGGGCUGGGGUGCAGUGAGCCUGCAUUUAUGGGAAAGAUAACACACCCCCUCUCCUAGGCCCCAUUGGAUGCUCACCAGUGAUGCCAGGGUGCAGAGGCUGCCUGUGGAACGGUACAUGUUUGUGCGUGUAUGUGUAUUUAUGGGCAUGGGUGCAUGCUUGUGUGUAUUCGUAUGUGUCUGUCGGUGUGUCCCUGUACAUAGAUGCUUGUGUGUGGAUGUGGGAACAGGGCCCAGGCCCUUUCCCGGGAUCUGGAGCCUGUGGCCACACCUUCUGCAACUCCCCAAAAUGACUGAGGCAUAAAGCCCUUGGGGAGUCUGGAAAACAAAGCUAAAGGGGAUGCAGGGUCCAUCUGUCUGUCUGUCUUUUAGUCCAAGGGAUGAGAAUCCUCCUGUACAGCUGAGUGCCCACUACCUCCCAGCUUGUCUUGGCCCCAACCACACCCCAGUACCCUUUGGCUGCCAGCAGGGACUUUCUCGGGGUGUUUCUGAUGGGCCAGAAGAGGAGGGUGUUCCCUUUGCCAUAGUUCUGUUUGGGAUGUUCCCGGUGUGGGCAUGGUCUGGGGAGCUAGCUGGUUGUGGAGCAGUCUCUGGUGGGCAGGAAUGAAGAAGGCUGAUCCCUCCCGGGGCUGAGAAGUGGCUCAGGUGGUCAGCAUCUACUGCUCACCCCUGGACAGGCAGCCUCAGGGCUUCUGAAUCAUGCCUGAGUCCCAGCCCAGAAAUCUCCCUCCUGGCCGGCUUCCUUACCCAAUGCCCCUGCUCCAUCCUGCUGCUGAAGAAUGCCACCUUCCCAGGCUGGCCUCCAGUUCACCGGCUCAGGGGCAGGGGAAGAAGAAGGGAGGAAGUCAGGCCUGCCAAACCCUGCCUUUCCUUAGACCCAGGAAGGCUGUUCAAGUAAGUGGAGGCUUGGCCAUUGGGUGGAGAUGACAGCUGUCAGAGGAGUGAGAGCCAAAACAUGGCGUUGAAGAGUUAACCUAUAAUCACAUCAUACACUGGGAAUUGGGGGGGGGGGGGGGCAGGAGGGCCCUGGGCCACUCCCCCAGUAUGAAGGGAAACCAAACUGUGAAUGUGAAUGCGGUUGCACCACUGGCUCUGUCAACAUACCCAGAGUUCUUUUCCUGGGAACACCUGCCCUAUGACCUGUAGACUCAAGGAGGCCCAACCCACCCAGAGAUCAUGUCAGUUCCCAAGGGCAGGUGUGGGAGAGCUCUGGGGACACAGGUGACAGUUGGGGUGGGGACAGGACUUGCCCAAGCCGAUAGCAGGGCCCUGGGAAAUGUAUAAUUUAAGGACACCAUUAUUUUUUUUGUAAGAGAAAAUCAAUAUGUACAUUCUGAAAUCAUUUUCUCUGUAAAUGGUUGGAUUUCAUUUCACCCUUAAAGGGAUGCUUAAGAUAAUAUUAAUAAUAAAAACAGCUACAAAGUCUGCAGAGUGUGCAUGUGUGGCUGGUUUGGGGAUGCUCUGGGUCAAGGAGGGUUGCAAGUGGGUGGCUCUGGUCUUCCUAAAGCCACUCUUGCUGGGGGGUGAGAGCCUUCCAAGGACUGGAUGGCUGGUGAGGAGGGAUGCAGUUACCUCCACCAGCACCAGAGGGCAUCCUUCCCUCCCACUGGUGGAAACGGGCUUAGAAAGGGAAGGCACGGGACAGGGGUCCCCAGAAGGAAGGAGAAGGUGGCCUGGGACUGGCAACACCCACCCUCCCAAGGUGGGGGCAUCUCUGGGGAUCUAGAUUAAGACUGGUGCCUCUGCUGAGAGGGCAGCAAUUCUCCCACAGUCGUGCUCUUGGGUCAUCGAAACCAAUGCGUCUGCCUCAGUUGUUUCCUCCCUAUGCCUGUGGGGUCCUAAGGUCAUAUAGCCACUUGAUGGCAGCACAGGGCUGGACCUGGAUUUACAGCACUGGUCCUGCAUCAACCCUCUGGGG